GACAGAAUAUGUGGCCAUCAAAACAGAAACAGGCAUGUGGCCAACAAAUGGUGGGACCCACAUCUAUCAGACAUUUAUGACCGUUCCUGUGGAUAUGCCAUAAAUAUUCAUGUUGGGAAUCCCCCUUUAUUCCAUGUGGUGGAGGCUUUGAGAAGCUGGAUUUUUCCAUGCUCAACAAAAUUAUUGGAUCUCACUAAUGUUCUCGUUCCCAUGUGAUUUCCUGCCUUUCCUUUCCUCAUAAAGGGAACUGCAGUACUAGAAGCCUCCGAUUUAUCCAGUUUUGGCAUCUUCUCCUGAAUGACCCACCAGUGAUGGACAAGGACAGGAAUUGGAUCACCAGAAGAAUAUUAGACUUCACCUUGGAAAUCAUCUCCCUGUUGAGCGGAGAGCAUUACACAGUAGUGAAGAAGGCAUUGGCUGACUGUGUGACUCCCUUCAUCCAGGAGUCAGGAGGGUGGACCCCCAUCACAGAGCCUCACCCCCUGAUACAUGAGCAGAAGAUCCUAGAACUCACCCACAAGAUGAUGGAGCUGCUGACAGGAGAGGUUCCUGUAAGGUGUCAGGAUGUGGCUGUCUAUUUCUCCAUGGAGGAGUGGGAGUAUAUAGAAGGAUCCAAGGAUCUGUACAAGGACGCCAUGAUGGAGGACCUCUGGCCUCGAACAUCACAAGAUGGAUCCAGGAGGAGAAAUCCCCCCGAGAGAUGUCCCAGUCCUCUGUAUUCCCAGGACUGUCCAGAGGAGAAGCUCCCAGAGAACCAUCAGGUAGAUGGAGCAGAGGUCUCACAACUUUAAGAGGAUUGAACCACAAUUAGUUUUAUAGGUAGUCCUUCUGCAUCCUGUGGGGACUGUAGGCUGGGUCACCACAUGGGGGCUUCUCUAAGCUGCAUCACCGCUCUUUUCUAUAUGUGGCCAGCAGGAAGUGGAUGUCAAGAGUCGCUUCUGGUAGGGAUACUGUUGGAUGGAUACUUUGCUUUGAA